UUAUGAUUUUGUUUUGUUAUUAAGACAGGAAUACGUCGUUGGAGAAAUAGUACUUGUGGGAAUGAAUUCUAAAAAACUUGGACACUAUAUUUGGCAAAUGGGAAAAGUAAUCGAAGUUUUGGGAAAUGGAAAUUAUAUGGUUGAAAUUACAAGUAUACAUAAAACAACACAAAAUGAAUUAAAUUCAAAAAAUAUUAAAAAAACUUUCCAAAUUGGCGAAUUUGUUAGAGCAGAAAAAACACAUAAAAAGGAAGCAUUGGAAUUAGCAGAAAUAAUCGGAAUUAAAUUUAAAGAUUUUAUUUUGACAAUAAAAAGAAAUCCAAAAUUUGGGAAAACUGUUUAUAGACAUAGAGAUGAGUUAAGUAAAAUUGAAAUUGCUUCGUUUAAAGUUGGUGAAAUUGUGGAAGUUUGGAAUUAUGAAAAGUUGUGGGUAAAGGGGGUAGCUAAGGAUAUUGUUGAGGGAAAUGAAAUUAUUGGAAGGGAAACAGAAAAUAAUUAUUUAGUGGAGGUAGAUGGACAAUCUAAACUUUUAAAAGUACAUCCUGUAGAUAUCCGAAAAUUCUUUCAAGUUGGGGAAGUAGUUAGUGUUAAAUUGGAUGACCAAAAAUUUGUUCAAGCAACUGUAGAAAAUGGAAUAAAUAAACAUAAUAUGUACAGAUUGGCUGUGAAGAGUGUUGAUGGGGAUUAUAUGUUUAUUGAAAGUUAUCCUGAUGAUAUUGAACAUAUUUCUUAA